AUGUCUAAACCUUACGUUUUCGAAUCGGUACUUAAUCAGCCAGACCGAGUACCCAACAAAAUCUCACAAUGUACUUGGAAAAAAGAUGCUGAUCGAUCAACCACCGUGCAUAGUGUUGUGGAUUGGAAUGCCCCAAGACCGAAAAUUCUGCCAGACUCUUUAGCUGCAGUUGGCCACACCCCAUUGAUUAGAUUGAACAGAAUUCCACAAUCGCUAGGACUGGAAUGUGAAGUCGUGGUAAAAUGUGAAUUUCUGAACCCGGGUGGGUCAGUGAAAGAUCGCAUGGCUCUCAGAAUCUUGGACGAUGCCGAAAAAGCUGGGGUGCUCAAACCAGGAUAUACCGUCAUCGAACCAUCUUCGGGAAACACCGGCAUUGGAUUAGCCAUGGCUUGUGCCAUCAGAGGUUACAGAUGCAUUAUUGUUAUCGCCGAGAAAAUUUCGUACGAAAAGGAAUACGUGAUGAGGGCCCUCGGAACAGAAGUAGUUAGAACACCCGGUACUGCGAACUCCUUCUCACGUGACGGCAUGUUCGGAACCGUUCACCGAUUGAAGAAUGAAAUCCCAAACUCCGUUAUUCUCGAUCAAUUCUCGAAUCCAUCAAACCCUCUCACUCAUUACGAUACUACUGCCGAGGAGAUCUAUCAUCAGUGUGAUGGAAAAGUUGAUAUGAUUGUGAUGGGCGCCGGCACAGGUGGAUCGAUCACUGGCCUAGGCAGGAAAUUCAAAGAGAUCUCGCCUCAGACGAAGAUCGUGUGCUCCGACCCGUACGGCUCGGUGUACGGCUAUCCGGACAGCAUCAACAAGACCGACGUCACCUUCUGGGAGAUCGAGGGCAUGGGCUACGAGUUCCUGCCCACCUGUCUGGAUAGAGAGGUGAUCGAUCACUGGGAGAAAGUGCUGGAUAAGGACUCGCUGCCCAUGGCCAGGCGGCUGAUCAAGGAGGAAGGACUGUUGAUCGGGGCUAGUUGUGGUGCCAUAUUAGUGGGAGCCCUGAGAGCAGCACAAAAAAUGAACUUGGGAAAAGGCCACAGAGUAGUCGUCAUCCUACCAGACAGUAUUAGAAACUACCUCACCAAAUUCGUUUGUGAUCAAUGGAUGGAACAGAGAGGUUUACAAGAAGCAGUCAACACUGGAAACCAUAAGUGGUGGGACACCAAUGUUUUGAAACUGCAGCUGCCUCAACUCCAAACUGCAUCACCAAAUACUCCUUGUGAACAAGUUUUGAGCUUGAUGCGCAAAUCUGGUGUUGUACAAGUGCCUGUAGUAGAUGAUAGAGGGCAUACCACUGGUGUCGUCACGAUCCAGAACCUCACAAACAAACUCAUUUCCGGAGAAGUCAAACCAAGUGAUGGUGCCGGCAACUGUAUCGACAGGGUAUACCCCAAAGCUGUUACAUCAGCAAAUCUGGGGCUCAUUUCUAGAAUAUUGGAAAAAGAUCCAUACGUCCUAGUUAUCGAAUCAAAUGGUGUUGGAGCUGCCAAAGUCAACAAACCAAUAGGUGUUGUAACUGGAAUCGAUCUCCUUAGCUUCACUCAGAAGAAUUAG